AUGGCCGCCCCAUCCCCUGCCCAGCAGCGCAUCCGCAGCACCUGGCAGGUCCGCACGGCCGCGGGCGAGCCUUUUGCCGUGGUGCGGGUGCGCAACCUCCAGUCGACGGUGCACGCCGCCCAGGACGCGUGGGGUCGUGACGGCAAGCCGCAGCCGCUCCUCGUCUCUGCCGAGAUAUCGCUGAGGGACUCGUUCGGCGACUCCUCGGCCUCGGACAAGGUCGCCGGCGACACGGUGCACUAUGGCAUCCUGAGCAAGGCCGUUCUCGCCAGCCUGGAUAGGUACCAGAAGCCGGCGGGUCAGAGCGAGGGCGGGAACACUCUGAGAGGUGUGCUGGAGACGAUCUGGUCGAGCCUGGCGGGUGUGGCUGUCAAUGGAACCCGGCCAGAUUCUUCUGCCCGGCACGACAAGGUGGUCUUGGAUAUUUCAAAAAUACGAACCAUGGCCGUUACGGUUACUCUGCCCAAAGCAUCGCUCCUAGGCAGCGGCGUGAGCCUUACUGCCCUUUCUUUCUUUGAUGACGAUGCCGACAGCAGUGAGGCCGGCCCAAUUAAAUCAACCAUGUUUGGCGUCUCCCUACGCCUACAUGACCUCCGGAUACCCACUCUGAUUGGUGUCAACUCCAACGAGAGGCUUGCGAAACAGAUUGUGGCUUUCGAUGUUGAGAUUGACAAGUUCGAUCACGCGCCCGACGCCUAUGUAGCUCUCGAAGCCCUCGUGGUCAAGACAGUAGAAGGCACCUCAUUCGAGACACUGGAGGCGUUGGGUGCCCAUUUGGUAGACAGGAUCACGACUGCUUUCAGACCUCAGCCCGAGCAAACAUACUCUGGCCCCUCUGGUUGGCAAAUCAAGAUACGCAUGGAGAAGCCCACGGCCGUUCCGUUCGCAGAAGCUCCCUGCGUUGAGAUUAGAGGCGGAAGCAAAUAACUACAAAUUUAAUGAGGGCCAUGGGGAAAGCUAUGGAUGUCUAUCGCUAACUGCUAUCUUGGCCGAAUAUCCUGCAAGAUUGCGAUUGGACUUUCUCACAAAGAGGAAUAUCUCCGUUGGUAAUGUGGCUUAUGAAGCUAGGGUCGGGUUCAAAGAGCAUCACAUGAAAGUGUUCAACAGCUUGAACUGAUUUGAGAGACCUCCAAUUCUUGAACCAGAUAUACUGCCGCGUCAAAGAAAAUCACAAGAUGAUCAAUAUCCAGAUCAAUACAGAGCAUGGUCAGGGGUAUCCAGAUGGACAUUGUGCAUCAUGGAGGUAAUUUUUGUUUUCAUCUUACCUGGUCCGGAGGCACAUGUUGGGAGAAGGUGUUGUUCACAAACUGAUCAAUCUCCUUCCUGGAUUCGUCCGUCAAAUCUCCAGUUGCAGGAUCUUCUGUGAGUUCGAAGCGAGUCCACACUACGAGGUGUACAAUCCUUUCGUCGAUACCAUAAGGCCAGUCAUUGCGGAGUAUUUUGUAGUCGGUAGGGUUUUCGAAAGGGAUCACACUCGUGGGUUUGAUGGGAAUUUCCCAAUGGAGCCUCUGUGUCAAUAUGAAGUGCAUAACGCUCCCAUGAUCCCGCCUCAACCUCCAUGUGUACUCAAGAUACCGGCGCAGAUCAGAUGGCUUUCGGCGAAAGAGGUCAAGCCUAUUGGUGGAAACUUUCUUCUUGACCUGCUCCCAAGAAUCUGCUCGGUAAUCGGCGUCUGGGGUGUUUAUGAUGGUGCGGUCUUUGUCCGAUAAGGAAAUGAGAAAUUCGGGACAUUCCACAGACCUUUGGUCCUCUGGAACAUUGACGUUCCAAUAUGGCAUCCCGCCACUACUCAUUUUUUCUAGUCCUCUGGGGGCUCUGCACAGGGCAGGAAGGAUGAAAAGGGGUCUGCCACGAAGCGAAGGAAACACCACUAACUUGUGCAGAUUAUGUCUCUAUCCACUAGAGUUGGAGACAGAAAAUGUGCCCGUGAUGUUUUGCUCUGCUGUACUAUGUUGCUAUUGUGUACACGGGCUGGAUCCAACCAUGGUCCGAACAAGUCUGACCGAGUCUGGAAGCUUUUCGUAGCACCUCAGCAACCACAGGCGAGGCAAGUUGGACUGCCGGACCGCAACCGCAAGACACGUGUGCAGGGUACCGAAAUCUGAUUUGGUGGGACUGGUUGACCGUCAAGGUACUGCACGACGUUGAACGGGCGGGAUGGUGGCCGCAACACCGACGAGGCUAAAAGGGGGUGACCAAUGGUAAAAAGCAAAAAAGGGGCUUAUC